CAAGUGUCCUGUGUUCCGGCGUCAAACAUCAUACAUUUUAAAUCUUUUUGUAUGCUUAAGAAUAAAAAAAGAUUUUUUGAUGAAAAAUAAAGAUGUUAUUAACCACGACACUUAAAAGAUUUAGCAUGCUGUUAGUCGCUUCAGCAAUGUUACUGGUUGGUGUAUACGGAGAUAUUUGUACCGAUGGUACCAAAUUAAAAGAAAUUGCUACGAAUUGUGCUAGAAAACACUCUAUCUUGUUCUCUCAAGCAACAAAUGCAACAACCGAGGAAACAUGUGGGUUGAUGACGAAUAAGGUUAAACCAUGUGUUUUCAAUAACGUUAAUGGCACGUUCGGGAGGAUAUGCACGGCUCAAGAACAACAUCAGAUGAUUAUGGAUUUCAAAGAUGAAAUAAUGCUAUUUCUUAAGUUGAAUAUCAGUGACUGUAUACCACCGAUGUCAUGCAGCAAUGUUGAUUCAAUACUUUACUUUCUACCUGUAAUAUGUGAAUCUGUAUAUAACCAGUUUGUCCAGACAGGAAACUGUAGCAUAUAUUUAGAUAACCUAAAUUGCUACAAAGACAACAUUAAUACAACUGAAUCCUGUGUUGGUAACGCUAUACAUGGUAUUAUCAAGUCCAAUAGAGAUAAAUGGACGCAAGCCACGAAACAGCAAACCACUUGUCCAGGUUCUGCUGAGACAACAACCCUUUCGUCAAUACUCAGAUAUACCAGUUCUGUUUGGUCAAUACUCCGGAAUACCAGUCCUGCUUCUUCAAUACUCGGGGAGACCAGUUCUGCUUCGUCAAUACUCGGUGAUACCAGUUCUGCCGCGUCAAAACUCGGUGAUACCAGUUCUACCGCGUCAAUACUCGAGGAUACCAGUUCUGCUUCGUCAAUACUCGGUGAAACCAGUUCUGCCGCGUCAAUACUCUGGGAUACCAGUACUGCUUCGUCAAUACUCGGUGAUACUAGUUCUGCCGCGCCAAUUCUUUGGGAUACCAGUUCUGCUUCGUCAAAACUCGCUGAUACCAGUUCUGCCGCGUCAAUACUCGAGGAUACCAGUUCUGCUUCGUCAAUACUGGGUGAUACUAGUUCUGCAGAUAUGAUUUCGUCAUAUAUUUAUCCUGUUGCUGUUACUUUGUUUGUUUGUUACAUUUAUUUGCUAUGAUUCUUCAAUAAAAGUUGGUAUUUUCCUGAA